AUGUCUGAUGAAGGUAUUGCAAACCCCACGAGUACUAAAUACAUCUCUGAUGAAGGUAUUGCAAACCCCACGAGAACUGAAUACAACAUCUCUGAUGAAGGUAUUGCAAACCCCACGAGAGCCGAAUACAACAUGUCUGAUGAAGGUAUUGCAAACCCCACGAGUACUAAAUACAACAUCUCGGAUGAAGGUAUUGCAAACCCCACGAGAGUCGAAUACAACAUGUCUGAUGAAGGUAUUGCAAACUCCACGAGAGCCGAAUACAACAUCUCUGAUGAAGGUAUUGCAAACCCCACGAGAGCCGAUACAACAUGUCUGAUGAAGGUAUUGCAAACUCCACGAGAGCCGAAUACAACAUCUCUGAUGAAGGUAUUGCAAACCCCACGAGAGUCGAAUACAACAUGUCUGAUGAAGGUAUUGCAAACUCCACGAGAGCCGAAUACAACAUGUCUGAUGAAGGUAUUGCAAACCCCACGAGAGCCGAAUGCAACAUGUCUGAUGAAUGUAUUGCAAACCCCGCGAGAGCGGACCUGA